CAGGCAGCAACAGCAGCGUCGGCACAGUCAAGGUCUGCGGGUCGUCUUCUCCCGACACGCUCCAGCGCAGCGCUCAUUAUGAAGGUCCAUCUGGUGGCUUGGGUCGUUUUUGGUGUAUACGCCUCCGUUUGCACCGGGCAGUUCCCCUCACUGUUUAGACAAGGACGUUUGUUCAACUUCGGAGCCUGGUCUGGGAGACAAGGUCCUUUCUUGAAGCGACAUCCUAUCCCAAUUCGGCUGUACCGAGUGUACCCGCAACAGUUUCCUCAGUACGUCUUGACUCAGCAAAGUGAAGCCCAACCUGCAACUGUUCCACAGUCUGAGCCAGUACGUAGCAGUUACCAAACAGUACCAUACGUGUGUCCACCUAAUGAUUUUGAAGCCGUGAAAAGCCUCAAGCUGAAUAGUGAUCCCUUUCUCAGAGGCACCCUACCAGUUAACUCUGGAAUUCACACUUUACCUCUAGAAAGGCCUUCACAUGUUGCAUCAAAUGAUGGAAAUUCUUUUAAGAACUUAGGUUUGGGUACCAGGAACCAAGUUACACAAACUCAGCCAUUAGCAUCAGCAAUCUUGCCGCCGGCGUUAGCUCUUUCUGUUGUUAAGGAUUCCAUUGUUGCUCAUCAAGCUGUCCCAGUACAACAAAACACUUUCGUUCCGGCUGUAGCGGUCCCAAAAGAUGGAUCUGUUGUUGAGUCUGUCAUUCCCGUUGAUAUGUACGGAGUUUCUUCAUCAAUUGCAGUGGAAAGUGGCACAGAAGAAACUGUUGAUGCAGGAACUGGAAGUGAAGAAGUAAUCACUGAGGGAAGUAUUCAAAUUGAAACAGGGAUAGAUGAAGAAUCUGGUGUUACAACGAUUGUGCCGCCUGGCGAUGAAGCGACUCCGAGUUCGAGCGACAGUGCUUCGCAAUCCCAUUUUCAAGUAUUUACACCUCAGAUAACUGACUACAUGACAAUAAGAGUUCCAAACAUAUCACCUGGCAUUGUAGAAGAAAAUAAACAACAAGUAAUACCUGUUUUUAGAGUUGGUACAUUCGAUUUCAGCACAUCUGAAGAUAAAGUAACUAAGCUAUCUGCCUCAACCUCGACUACACAACAAGAAAAGAAAAGUCCAGAAGAAAAUAGAAAUGAAGACAUUACUACAGCAAUUGAUGAGGGCCCAAUAUCACUCACUAGAAACGUAUCAAACAAUCACUUAUCACAAGGAGAUAUCACUGUCAUCAGGAAGAUAUAUCCAUCGAACUUUACGAGUAACGGUCCCAAAUUGAACGCCACAGAAGUCAACAGGGUCCAAUUCAAUAUUGCAGCGCUGGUUAGCUCGAACAAUAAAUUUAAACAAACCGAAGAAGUCAUUGAGACAAAAUCUACACCAUCAUUCUUGGGCGAAGUUACGAAGGAAAAAGAACAGGUAAAAGACACCUCGAUAAUUCAGCCUGAAGAAAACUUAGAAUCUUCCUCUAGUUCUUUCAGCGAAUCACUCGACGAUUUGAAGAUUCUUCCUGAGCCUCCUCGCCCUCUUUUGACACCGAUUGCUAGUCGCACGUCACCAACUUUCCUAAUACAACGACUCAAAGAAAAGUUUCCGCACAAGGCUGUGAAAGGGGAUUUUGUGCUUCCCGUUGAAACGGCAGAAAUCCUUUCUCAGGGCGAAGAUGUCGUCUUGCCUCUGCAAGAGGCAUUGCCAGAUAACGUGGCUGUAAUCGAGAUUCCCGACUUGCCAGCCUUAUUUAUUCGUCCUAAUAACGAGGAGAAAGAGGUCGAAAAAGAAAAACUACUUGUGUUCAGCGGAGGAAUCGGGCAACUUCCUCUUGAAGAACUGACGGAAACUAAAGCUUCUGCCCAAGUCGUGGUUCCAACGCCAGAGAAGUCGCCCAGCACGGAAGAGCCGGGGCGAGGCUACCGUUUCAGCUACAGCGUGGAGGACGACCACUCGGGCUCCUCCUACAGCAGGUACGAGAAGAGCGACGGUGAGCUCACCCAGGGGCAGUACAGCGUCUUGCUCCCCGACGGACGCACGCAGAUUGUAAAAUUCUACGAUGAUGGACUGGGAUACCACGCAGACGUCCACUACGUCUGAGGUCCUUGGACACUCACUACGUCGGUGACCAGUGGAAGUCCCUUGCGUCUCAAGACCACUGAACGUCCAUGCUGUAUCUCAGACCACUG